AUGAUAAUCCCUAAAGGAGAAAUGGUUAUCCUACAGGAUAUUGCCUAUAUAAAUGAAAAGAUCAAAGAGAUCACCAAGGAUGUAGAUUUUAACGUAAACCGGAAACCUCAUACUGUCGAGAAAGAUCCGACCAACUCAAUCAACCCUAAGCCAAAGGUUAAUCACGGUACACCAGACAAAUCUAUAGCAAUCAGUGAAGUUCCCUGUGGGGGGUGUGGCGCCUUACUGCACUGUCGGGACCAUACUGUGCCUGGUUAUAUUCCAAGUGAGGUAUUCAAGGAGAUGACGAAAGAGGAACUGAGGGACUCGAAGUGUCAAAAAUGCCACAAGAUGCAAUAUCAUAAAACCUUGAUUGACAUUCGUGCAACAGAUGAUAGAGCGCAUGAAAUUAUGAAGGAGAUUCAAGAAAAUCGGAGAUGCAUGGUGAUGCUUAUAGUUGAUUUGUUGGAUAUAGAGAACAGUAUUCCCGACUUAUUUCGUGAAUUGAUACCGUCUAGGAAGCCCAUCUUUGUGAUCGGGAAUAAGGUUGAUAUUAUUCCGCAGGACCAUCCCGAUUAUCUUGACUCUGUGCACCAGACACUUGUGGACGCUUGCAUUAAUUGUGGGCUGGAACAACAUAACGUUAAACAUGUGACCUUGAUAAGUGCCAAAACUGGAUUCGGUGUCGAGACUCUGAUAUCAAAACUUCUACAAGAUUGGGGCAUGUCAGGUGAUGUGUACAUGAUCGGUACGGCUAACAGUGGGAAGUCGACUCUCUAUAACUCGCUGCUCAACUCAGACUACUGUAAUCAUCACGUCAGGGACAUCAUUCCUCAGGCCACCGUGUCCGAGCUUCCAGGUACAACAAUGAACACUCUCAAGUUCCCAAUAAUGAACGCCAAAACAAACUGGUUGAUGAAGAUGCGUCAGGACAGACUACAGCUUACAAAAGCAAAGGAAAUGGUGAAGCGGAUAAAAGUAAUAGAGGAAACAAAAAAAUCCAAAAAGCUGAUGGCGUCGUCAAUCCUGACCACUCUCCGAGAGAAAGUGGAGAAGACAGACUUUGCUGAGGAUGAGGAUAGAAGGACUCAGUAUUCAGGUUUCGAUCUUACGGCGUACGAUUAUAAGCAAAACAAAGUCCUGACUAACGAUGGCAAAGAAUUCAUCUCUGAAAAACGGGCAACAUAUGAUGAACACCAAUUCAAAAACUCCCGAUUUUUGUAUGACACGCCCGGUCUUCUGUGCGACUCCCAGAUCUAUAUGGACCUUUUACCAGAGGAACUGAAGCUGAUUUCUCCAGCCAAGAAGAUUGUUCCUCAUUGUGUUCUACUGAAACAGGACUACACAGUGUUUGUGACAGGACUAGGCAGACUGGACUAUGUAGAGGGUAACCAGGAUGUGAUGCUGGUGAUCUACAUCAGUUCUAAGCUGCCGGUCCACAUCGUCCCGAGACCCGAAGCCGAGGAGUUCUACCGCUGUAACAUUGGGACUGAAGUUCUAGGGCUUCCUCUUGGUGAUGAAUCCAGGCUAGCCAAGCUUCCACCCCUGAAGGGAAGAAACAUCCGGAUCUGCCCAGAGGAUCAGACAUACAACACAGCGGCAGCAGACAUUCAACUGUCGUCUCUAGGAUGGGUGUCGGUGGUUGGGAUGUCGCGCUCGGCUGAACUAGACGUCACCCUCAGAGUCUACACCCCUGGGGCACGUGGGAUUUAUAUCCGACCAGCCAUGCUAAAAAAUGCCCACGUUUUCCACUUAAAGAGAGUCAAGAACACUCUAAAGUAUAAACGCAAUAAACCAAAGCUCCUGCUUAUGAAAGGAGAGCAGUUCUGAAGCUGAUGGAGUAUAAAUGAUACAGCUGAAGCUGAUGGAGUGUAUAUGAUAGUGCUGGUAGAUAACCUGACAGUUCGUGCAAUCAUGCAGUGUUGCUCGUUGUUAUUGAUUUCAUCUUUCUUGAAUUAUAUUUACAUAUUAAAGAUAAAGCUUUCAAUCUUACUCUGAUGUAUGUAUGUGAACAUUAGGUAAGACUAUAUAUUUUUGAAUAUAUAUUUUGAAUCUUUUGGCCUUAAAAUAUAUUCAAUGGUCAGUUACCCGAGUCACAUUUGGCCACACAUGUACAAUGUCUGUGAUUGUCAUGUACAAAGGAACACACCUGAAUAAAAAAUUGAUAAUGAAUUUGCAUGUGUAUUUACAAAUUGAGGUCAGAAUUGAAAACAAUAUGAGCUGCAUUUUUAAUUUUUUUUAUUUUUUUUGCAAAAUUGUUAUUUUUAUUUCCACUGAAAAAAUGAUGCUGGUUUAUCAAUCUCUGUUAGCCAUUUGUUUUGUGGGAAAAGCUAUGUAGAAGCUUAAGUUGAAGUAAACUUACAUUAAUGUCAUUCCAUACAAAAUUGGUUUGCUAUACCAUCCAUAGUACAAAAACCUGAAUAUCAAGUAAAUAUGACCAUUUGCUUAAAUCUUAUCUAUCCUAAAAGUUAGAUUCAGAAUUAUCAUGAAAGCACUUUUAUCUAACAAAAUACAAUUUUUAAAAAUGCAGCUUAUAUUGAUUUAAGCUGAAUAAAAUCAUA